AUGGCUUCCGAAGAUGUUGUCCGUCGUUACGACUACAAGGGGGAUGCAAAGCGUGUAUACGAUGUUAUCCUAGCUGGCGGUGUCGCCAUCUGCCCUGCAACCAUUGGCUAUGGCAUCAUCACCUCAGACCCGCGCAAGCUGGAGAAGAUAUUCCUGACCAAACAACGCAACGCCACCAAACGUCAUGCCAUGGUCGGAUCUUAUCCCGUCCACCGGGUCCUGCAGGUCGUUGACAAGCUGGGCCGGGAGAUUGUGGAUCACCUUGUCCUCGAUCUUGACCUCCCCCUGGCUGUCAUCGCGCCAUUUAACCGCGACCACCCGAUGUUCAAGAAGCUCGACGACGUCACUAUGGAUGCCGCCUCUGUCAACGGCACCAUCGCCAUCUUGAUCAAUGCUGGACCUUUUCAGGAUGAGCUCACCAAGCUGAGUUUGGCUGACAACCAGCCCAUCCUAGGCAGCUCUGCCAACAUUUCACAAACAGGCACGAAAUACAGGAGAGAAGACGUUCAGCCUGAGCUUAAUGCUAUUGCCGAUAUUUCCCUCGACUAUGGCCUUCUCAAGUACAACCGAUAUGCUAGGAGUUCAACUAUGAUUGACUUCAGUGGGCCCAAGCCGGAGAUUGUGAGAAUCGGAGCCUGCUACGAGAUCAUCAAAGAUGCCCUGUGGCGCCACUGGAAGAUCGAGACGCCCGAGGACCCAGGCCUGGAGGCGAACCCGUUCGGCCAUCUCAAGCACCAGAAGCCCCUGGCGUCUCUUGAGAAGCUCAUUGCGACUCCCAAGAUCGCCGCAUAG